AUGCCGACAGUCGGAGUCAAACGGGACCUUCUCUUCACUGCGCUGGGGAAAACAUACACCGAUGAAGAGUUUGACGAGUUGUGCUUUGAGUUCGGUUUGGAGUUGGAUGAAAUUACGUCGGAGAAGGAGAUCAUCAGCAGAGAGCAGGGAGACACUAAAGCCUCCGGGGCAUCUGACGUAAUCCUGUACAAGAUCGAUGUCCCAGCGAACCGCUACGACCUGCUGUGUCUGGAGGGACUGGUGCGGGGGCUGCAGGUCUUCAAGAACAAGUUGGAGGCUCCUCGAUACAGACGCGUUGCUGCAGUGAAAGGACAGACCCAGAAACUCAUCAUCACUAAAGAGACGGCGCUGGUGCGACCUCACGCCGUCGCCGCCGUGUUGCGUGACAUCACCUUCACUCAGGAGCGAUACGACAGCUUCAUCGAACUCCAGGAGAAACUGCACCAGAACAUCUGCAGGAAGAGAAGCCUGGUGGCCAUUGGGACCCACGACCUGGACUCCAUCUCGGGUCCGUUCACCUUCACGGCCAAAACUCCGGAUCAGAUCUGCUUCAGACCUUUGAACCAGAGAAAGGAAUACACAGCCACAGAACUCAUGAGCCUCUAUAAGACCGACAGCCACCUACGACACUAUCUGCACAUCAUCGAAGACAAACCUCUGUAUCCAGUGAUCUACGACAGCAACGGCACCGUGCUCUCCAUGCCCCCCAUCAUCAACGGAGACCACUCAAAAAUCAGCCUCAAAACCAAAAACGUCUUCAUCGAAUGCACAGCCACCGACGUGACCAAGGCCAAGAUCGUUUUGGACAUGAUGGUGACGAUGUUCAGCGAAUACUGCUCCCAGCCUUUCACGGUGGAGGAGGCAGAAGUUGUUUACCCCGAUGGAAAAACUUGCCUUUACCCUGAGCUGAGCUACAGGACGGAGACGGUGUCCAGUGAUUUUAUAAACCGCAAAGGACUGGAGGUGGGACUGGAGGUGGGACUGGAGGUGGGACUGGAGGUGGGACUGGAGGUGGGACAGGAGCCGGGACAGGAGCCGGGACAGGAGCCGGGACAGGAGCCGGGACAGGAGCCGGGACAGGAGCCGGGACAGGCGCAGGGACAGGCGCAGGGACAGGAGCCGGGACAGGAGCCGGGACAGGAGCCGGGACAGGAGCCGGGACAGGCGCAGGGACAGGCGCAGGGACAGGCGCAGGGACAGGCGCAGGGACAGGCGCAGGGACAGGAGCCGGGACAGGCGCAGGGACUGGAGCCGGGACAGGAGCCGGGACAGGAGCCGGGACAGGAGCCGGGACAGGAGCCGGGACAGGAGCCGGGACAGGAGCCGGGACAGGCGCAGGGACAGGCGCAGGGACAGGCGCAGGGACAGGAGCCGGGACAGGAGCCGGGACAGGGCAGGGACAGGCGCAGGGACAGGCGCAGGGACAGGCGCAGGGACAGGCGCAGGGACAGGCGCAGGGACAGGCGCAGGGACAGGCGCAGGGACAGGCGCAGGGACAGGCGCAGGGACAGGAGCCGGGGACAGGCGCAGGGACUGGAGCCGGGACAGGAGCCGGGACAGGAGCCGGGACAGGAGCCGGGACAGGAGCCGGGACAGGAGCCGGGACAGGAGCCGGGACAGGAGCAGGGACAGGAGCCGGGACAGGAGCCGGGACAGGAGCCGGGACAGGAGCCGGGACAGGCGCAGGGACAGGCGCAGGGGCAGGCGCAGGAGCAGGGACAGGCGCAGGGACAGGCGCAGGGACAGGGACAGGCGCAGGGACAGGCGCAGGGACAGGCGCAGGGACAGGAGCAGGGACAGGAGCAGGGACAGGAGCAGGGACAGGAGCAGGGACAGGAGCAGGGACAGGAGCAGGGACAGGAGCAGGGACAGGAGCAGGGACAGGAGCAGGGACAGGAGCAGGAGCAGGGACAGGAGCAGGGACAGGAGCAGGGACAGGAGCAGGGACAGGAGCAGGGACAGGAGCAGGACUAA